AUGUCAGCCAAAGGCGAUAUCAACGUCCAAAUCGCUGCGUUCACUGCGCAGCUACAGCGGCGAGAGAUUUCUGGCUCGCGGGCUGUGGCGCUUGCUACUGCUCAUCUGAUCUCACGAUUUGUGUCGUCCAGGCGCUGGCCGACUGCUGACGACCUAAUCAACCAGGUGAAAAGGCUAGGACGAGAACUGGAAAAAGCCCAGCCCCAUGAGCUGGCUUGUGGAAAUAUUAUUCGACGCAUUCUGAAAUCGAUCCGCACCGUCGAUGAGACUGUGGAGUUGGUCGAGGCUGUGGACGACAGAGAGCGCAGGUCGUCCAUGUUUGGCAUUUUGUCUGUUCCCGGAUCCGGCGACAAAUCCACAGAUCAUAUGCGGUCUCGCGACUUGAAAGCUGCUGUGAUUGAAGACAUCCAGGUUCUUAUUGAAGAAAUCGGCAAUGAAGAACCGCUGCAAAGAGUAGGAACAGAAAUGAUCAAUGAUAACGAGGUGAUCCUUACUCCAUGCCCCCGGUCGGUUACUUUGCUGGACUUCUUUUUGAAAGUGGCACAGAAACGCAGCUUCACGGUUCUGGUCACUGAGUGCUACCCUAACGGUGUCGAGGACGCCAAAAUGUUUGCUGAAAGACUGACCAAGGCAGGAAUCAGAACCGAGAUCUUGCCAGAUGCCACCGUAAACGCUGUUAUGAGCAAGGUCAGCAAAGUUAUUAUUUCUCCACGUACUGUGCUGGCUAAUGGUGGUGUGAUUGCCUCUUCCGGUAUGGCUUUGCCUUGUCUCGCUGCUAAGAACUUCAACAAGCCGGUGCUUGUUUUUGCUGGUUCAUACAAGCUGUCGCUGCUCUAUCCUUUCGAUGUGGAGCGGCUCAUCGAGGUGGGAAAUAGCGGCAAAGUCAUUGAUUUCGCCGAUGCCGACCUGAUGGACAAACUUGAAGUCACAAAUCCUCUUUGCGACUAUUUGGGUCCCGAGCUGCUCGACAUCAUUAUCACAACCGACGGUGGACACCCGCCAAACUUCAUGUACCGGAUUGUUCUCGAUAAUUACAGCACUCAAGACCAGAUUCUUUAA